AUGGACCUCGCCUCCCAGUACCAACGCCGCUUUGCGCCGUCGGUUUUCCUCCCACCGAUGGCGCCCCGCCUGGCAUCCAGCUCCGGCUUCUCGGCCUUCAGCAACUACCAGAGCCUGCCGACGACGCUCGCGCCCGCGGCGGCGCCGGAUCGCAUCUUGCUCGGUCUCUCCCGAAGCCGCCGCUCUUCUCCGUGGACUCUCUAG